AUGGUUUUCCUCACAGCAAGGACGGUCACCGCGCGGCUGCACCCAUCCUUCGUUCAACGCAUUGCGCCCAGAGCAAUCGCACACCCAAGAGUAUCUGCCAACGUGACAGCAGGGUUCGCAACCGCCUCCACCGCCAGGCCUCUUGAACCGGUCCAGGACAAAGAGCUGCACGAAUACGGUCGCUUCAUCGCCUCCUGCCUGCCCAAGUACAUUCAACAAUUCUCCCUUUACAAAGAUGAACUCACGCUCUACGUCGCGCCGUCUGGUCUCGUCCCCACCAUGCUCUUUCUUCGCGACCACACCGCCUGCCAGUUCAAACAGAUCGCCAACCUGUCCGGCGUUGACUACCCGACCCGCUCAAACCGUUUUGAGGUCGUCUACAACAUGUUGUCUCUUCGCUACAACACCCGUAUCCGCGUGAAGACAUAUGCCACGGAGGUGUCUCCCGUGCCCUCGAUGACGCCUUACUUCCCCGGUGCCAACUGGUUUGAGCGGGAAGCGUACGACAUGUACGGCAUCUACUUUGUCAACCACCCGGACUUGCGGAGGAUCUUGACCGACUAUGGGUUUGAGGGUCAUCCUUUACGGAAGGAUUUCCCGUUGACGGGUUACGUGGAAGUUCGAUACGAUGACGAGAAGAAGCGUGUCGUUGCCGAGCCUUUGGAGUUGACACAGCACCUCCGUGCUUUUGAUUUGCAAUCGCCUUGGGAACAAACCGGCGAAGGAACCCCGCAGCCAAAGUUCUUGAAGGAGGCGGCCAAGCAGGAGAAGAAGGACGAGGCUAAACCCGCUCGAUAG